AUGCAUUGGAAAGAAUAGUUAAGAUCAUUCAAUAACGCUUGCAAAGAUGCUUCUACAGGUUGGUCUUGCACUGAAUUCUACAAUAAUACUCUCUAUGCAAAAUACGUAUGUCCAUUCAACAGUGUAACCUGCGGGAGUACAGAUACUUAUAAUCUGACUGAGGUUGGCAAAACAGUUAAUCUAUCAAUGGGAUUAACUAGAGGAGAUGUUUGCUUCUAUAAAAUAAAAACUAAAUGCGGGCUUCCAAAGGUAGAUCUUACCAGAGUUGAUAACUCUGACAAUAUCUUGAUCGAAUAUAUUGAAUAUGAAAGUGGGACUCUGUUUUAGGGUACAAGCUAUGUCCAUGGAAAGCAUGGAUCUGCUCCUGGUAGUGAAAUGCCUUAUCGGACUGAGACAUUUGUAUACGACUCUGAUAGAAAAGUUUACUAAGGUAGACUGAUAAAUGGAUAAGGGUUUCAUAUAUGGGGGAGUCGAGAUCAGGGAACUUAAUCAGGACUUCCAUCAGGUUCAGAAAACUGCAAAGAUAGGUAUACAUAUUUGAUUUUCACGAGUUUGACAGACACAGCAAGUACAGUUAAAGUAGGUAUUGAAACAAUAACAUAUAGUUCGGCAUCAUUAUUAAAAAUCAGUUUCAUAGUUAUUUAUGGAAUCAGUAUGAUGAUUGUAUUUUUAAAUUUUUGA